AUUCAAAAUGGCGGACGGAGGAGCAGCGAGUCAAGAUGAGAGUUCAGGAGCAGGCGUGCUACAUCAUUCGUGUGCGUGAGGAUAGAUGCAACCUGCCAGCGAAAGUGGAUAUGUCAUCAAAACAUCCAUUUUUGAUGUAAAAAUGGAGCCACAAAGCAGUGACAGGAACACUGGAAUCCAAAUCAAUGGAUUGGACUUUCAGAGGUCAAACGUCCCGACCACUACUGCAAUCACCAACGCUCACGCACAAGCCCUCCUCCAACAGUCAAAGUCAGAAGACUCAAGUGCUCUUCCCACAUCCGUCCAGCAGAGCGUAUUGCCUCAAACCCAGCUAAUGUUGGCCGGGGGACAGCUUGCAGGACUGACUCUGACCCCAGCACAGCAGCAGCUGUUGCUCCAUCAGGCCCAGGCUCAGCUCCUGGCUGCUGCUGUGCAGCAUUCAGCCAACCAGCAGAACGGCACCACUGGGGCCAGUAUCUCAGCAUCCGCAGCCACGCCCAUCACCCAGCUACCCCUCUCACAACCCAUCCAGAUCUCUCCUCAGCUGCAGCAGCAAAAUUUAAGUCUGCCCCAGUUUGUUCUCGUGCAGCCUGGCCACCCGAUCGGCACGCCGCUGCAGCCGGCUCAGUUCAUCAUCUCGCAGACGCCGCAGCAGAGCAUAUUGCAAGCCCAGAGUCUUCUAACUCAACUACCUCAGAGCCAAGCCAACCCACUGACGACUCACACAAGUAUAUCCCUUGCGACACAGCCUGCUACUCCAACUCGCACUACAGCGACCACGCCCCUUCAGUCGCUUCCCCACAGUCAGACGCCACCCAAACGCUUGGAUACGCCCGUUUUGGAGGAGCCGAGUGAUCUGGAGGAACUGGAACAGUUUGCCAAGACCUUCAAACAGAGGCGGAUCAAAUUAGGCUUUACACAGGGAGAUGUUGGCCUGGCCAUGGGUAAGCUGUAUGGAAAUGACUUCAGCCAAACUACCAUCUCUCGCUUCGAGGCCUUGAAUCUGAGCUUUAAGAACAUGUGCAAACUCAAGCCGUUGCUGGAGAAGUGGCUCAAUGAUGCAGUUUGUGCAGACAACCUGACUUCUGACCAGGCGCUGUCCAGCCCCCUCGGCUCUUCAAACAUAACCAUCGAGGGGAUCAACCGCAGACGGAAGAAGAGGACCAGUAUUGAGACAAACAUCCGUGUGGCCUUAGAAAAGAGCUUUCUGGAGCAGAACCAAAAACCUACCUCUGAAGAGAUCUCCAUGAUCGCCGACCAGCUCAACAUGGAGAAGGAGGUAAUUCGGGUCUGGUUCUGCAAUCGCCGGCAGAAAGAGAAGAGAAUCAACCCGCCGAGCGCAGGCAGCAUCAGCGGGGGUGGCACCCCCAUCAAAACUAUCUUUUCACCCAGUAGCACAUUGGUGGCCAGCACGGCUAUAAACACGCCCACCACGUUGACUGUCAACUCAAUCAUGCCUCUUACCAGCACCAGCGUCUCCGGUUUAACCUUCACAGGCGCAACAAUUGGGGCAACGAACACUGCAUCCGUCAUCUCCACCACACCCGUAAUUUCCACGGUAACCAGCUCUCCAUCUCUAAGCCCGUCCCUCACGACCAGUCAGUCCACCAUCGCAGCGACAAAUAGAAUCGGUACUCAGGCGCAGGCCAUCGUCACCCAGGCGCCGACAUCCAUAGGCACCGCCACCCUCGGGUCGGGCCAGGUAAUGGUGGCCGGUCCGGGGUUGUCGGCAGCCCUUCAGGGGGUCACCCAAUUGCCCACAAGCGCGAGCUUCGCCGCUAUGGCUGCUGCGGCUGGGCUAGGCCCCGGACUGAUGGCCUCCUCCCAGUUCACUCCAGGUGGUGCCCUGCUGAGUCUGGCUCCCGGUGGCCUCGGUAGUGCUCUGAGUCCUGCCCUCAUGAACAACAGCACCCUGGCUACCAUCCAAGCCCUGGCAUCGAGCGGCACAAUCCCGAUAACGUCCCUGGACGGAAGCAACCUGCUGUUUGCCAACACCUCUGCCGGCAAUGGACACAACCUGGUGACCACGCCGCUCUUUCUCAACCCCCAGAACCUGUCGCUGCUCACCAGCAACCCGGUCAGCCUGGUAUCAGCCGGGGGGGGCGGCCUGCAAGUCACCGCCGACUCGCACCACCAAGCCGCCACGACCAUUACCACUGCCUCCAAGGCGCAGUGAGUCCCUGACUGCAUACCGAAAGAACGCCCUGUUUCCUUUAGUCGCGGCGCACUGUUUUCCUCAUGCUGCGCAGGAAAUAGGGAGGCGGUAUGAUUUGGGCUCUGCGCUUCACUAACGAAAACACACAUCCGCUCCAUUGUAUUUACUACUAUUUGGUCCCCUUGCUUUUACCAAAUAACAACCUCACCAGGUUGGUCUUUUUGAUUUUGGUUAUCUUUACGAUAUUUAGACAUUUUUCCUCCUAUCUCAAGCAGUAGCCAGGAAGAAAAUGUUCCCCCUAUUCAUUUUGUAUAUACGUCCUAUUUCACUCUUUUUCUAACCAAAAAUGUUAGAUUUUACUCUAAACUUACUAACGUCACAAUACAUGUCAUCACUAAUCCCCUUUACUUAUCUUUUUGUUGGACAGGCCUUGACAUAUAUAUCAAAAGUUUUUUUUUGUUUUUUUUUUAAUCUUUCCUGUAAUUUUUUUCCAUUUUCCGAAUUGUAAGUCUAAUACUACAGUAAAUUACCUUUUCUUUUGUGGUUGUAACGCUUUAAAAACCAGUAAUAAGUGGCCGAUAUAAAGGUUAUCAUUGCUUUAAGGAGACCAUUCGGGUCUCUACGAGUUUCUCUUUCUGGAAACACUGACUUUUACACUUCGCCUCGGGGGCUUCUGUAAAAAAAAAAAAAAAAAAAAAAAAAAAAUUGGUGCAGAUUGUAGACACUGAUAGAAAAUGACUGAAAACUUUAAGAGCUUUAAAAAUGUGGAGUGGUGUGUUGUUUCGUAUGUAACACCUCAGUAUGAAGCUGAGACCUAAGUAACCAAAUUAUCCAGACUCAGUGGUCUGGGCUAAGACCACCCGUCAGGGGGUGUGGUCACCACACUAAAUGUCGGCUAAAUGUUUGUUUUCUUCCUUCUGUUUCUUUGUAAUGGUAGUACCGUCGUAUCUACUUGUGCACAGUAUCUGUACCAAAAAACUGGAUUGGUGAGCUGUUGUGGGAGGAAUUACCUUUUUGUUUUCUUUCAUUGUGUCUACAGCCACAUAAGUGACUGUGUAAUUCACAAUAUACCAAAAAUAUUUGUCGGUGUAACUUAGUCUAGUUGAUAUAUUUAUGAACAGAAGCUCUCUUCUUUGUCAGCGGAAGAUAGAAAUGCAAUAUUUAGAUUUAUUUCCAAAGACCUUUUUUUUUUCUUCUUUUUUUUUUGAAGUCUUUCACGGUUAAUUUAAUUGGCAGCACAAUUGGCCAAAAAUAGGGAAUGGCUGAGUUUUUUUGUUUUAAUUAUCAAACACUUUUUAAUAUUUGGAGCCAUUUGAUGGCGUUGAACCAUUUAAGUAGCAGCUUUUGGAAGUCCGUAAAGCAGGAAAAACACACUUUUUUUAAUUUGGGUUUUAGUACUUUCAGCCAUAUGACAACAGCUUGAACCAAAGUGGUUUUCCUCAGUAGCGGCCCGUGCCUGUCCCAGCACUCAUGUUGCUGAUCACAUGAUCUCUUCACGCUGCUUACUAAUGUCAGUACCUGCUAUUCUUGAUCAGGUGCGGUUGGGGAUGGGAUGGAUGAAUGAAAUGCUAGCAUAUUAAGAGGCCUCCGCCGUGCUUUACUAAUAGCUUUAUUAGCACGUCCUGCCAUGAGCUGGUUUUGUGGUUCGAUUGGAAGGAUCUGCUGUCAACACCAGGAGUGGGCAUUGCAGUUAGCCUCAGGCUAUUUCACCAAUGCCUUUUAGGGGGAUAUUUUGGCAACUGUGCUUUUUAUAUAGCAAGCUUUUUAUAUAUUGCAGUCGAAUAACUGACAUCGGCAUCUAAAAUACUAGACGGACAACAACAUUGCGUUUUACACUUUCUGCUCCAGCUGUGGUACCACCUCCAAAGCUGAAGAAUUUCCACAUCAACUUUAUGACUUACCUUGCCUCAAUUUAAUUUCCAUUCGUUUAUGUGGAAUUGGUUAAUCGUGCCAUGAGGCGAUUUUGUUAAAACAGAGUGCACUACUUAACUGCAACCUGCAGAGGUGCUGUUGAUUUAGUCUCAACUGUCUAAAGAAAACAUAUCUAUGAAAGUUGAACUUAUCCAUCGUCUUUGGCACCAUUUUCCAGCAUUCAGAACAUUCCAAGAGAUUCUCCCAUCCCAUUACUUAAUGAUUGACCAUUAAAUGCCCACUCCUAGUCUACACGCAGAUCCUGUCUGAUCAACGCUACUGUUCAGAACCAGCAUGUUAGACUUGCUGGGCCCCAAAUGUUUUCCAAAGACGCUCCGGCCUCGUUUCCAGGACUCACCGGGCUGAGUACUGUUAUGUGCCACACAUUCAGCCAAACUCCACACAAUGGCGUCGUCGUUCUGCUGCUGCUUCUUUUAACUAACAAAUCAUUAGGAAAUCACUGGGGCAGCCAGAGAUCCUCUUGCGUACCGACUUCUUUUCCUCUUUCUAAUUGUGACUGAAUAUACCUCAGCAGCACUUAAAAUAUAAGGUUCACCUUUUUUUUUUUCUCGACAUUUCUGUGUACAGAACAGUGUGGAAUGUAUAAUAAGUAAUGUCAUUUAUACCGCGAUAUAGGACCCGAACAUAAAAGGACAACUACUGCUAUUUCAAGUACUACUAUUUAAUUUUUCUCUUCUGAGGUGUUGUUUUUUUAAGAUCCUUUUUGCCAAAGUAAUAGCCUUUCUCUUUGCAGCUCUGCCUGCCGUAUGGUCAACGCACCAAUGGAACCCAGUUUUGUUUAGGCGCCGUUUUUUGUAGUUACACAACCGCGCUUGCCAUGGGGCACCAUAGGAUGUUACUAAAAUAUUUAUCUUGAGGAAAGACCUAAGAAUCAGAACAGUUCUUUUCUUAAUUAUAUAUAUAUAUAUAUAUAUAUAUAUAUAUAUAUAAUAUAAUAUAAUAUAAAAACAUGUGUAAGAUAUCCAUAUUUUAUAUUUGAACCGGUAUGUCAAAACUGAAUGUAGUGUUCAUGACUCAAAAAAAUCUCCCAAAAAUGCAUUUUUUUUCCCUAUUGUUGCAAAAAACAUUUUUUGUUUUAAACUCAAGGCCAAAAAUUUAAAAAAACAUGACUCUAUACUGUGGCGGGUGCCCCGGUCUAUGAUAACAUGUGUCUAUCUAACAGGAGGGGGUGCUCCUGACGCACAGGUCCUCUGGGGCAAAGCGGAGAUUUGGAAGUAUCUUUAUUUUGUAAUAUUGUGCUUUUUGUUUUUAAAAACUAUAUCUGAAUAUUUUUGGUUGAGUCAUGUUGAACUUGAUUUGCUGUGAUGUCUUUAACAAUCAUUGUUUUUUGGGGUUUUAUUGUUCUUACUUUAUGCCUUUAACUGUUUUGUAUAAUGUUUAUGAUGAGAGAGCAAGAUCACUGGCUUUCUUAGUUUGACAAAAACGUUAUCAUUUAUGCCUUAUUGUUACGUACACGACAUGGUUGCAUUGUAGCAUGAGUGUUUGUGCGUGUAUGUAUGUGUUUGACUGAGGCAAAUUUCACCUCACGCUUUGUGUCGCCUGGUGCAUUGUCACUGAAAACAAUACAGUGUACUACCUAUGUUUUUUUGUUUGUUUCUUAAGUGUGGCUCAGACAAUGCCUCUAAGCAAAGCUUUACUAGUCAUUUCAGCAGGUAUGUGUGAGUGAGCAUCGUAGGAAAUAAACACAAUCUGCAAACCGCUAAUGGGGCUUGAAGCAGGGGUGGUAAACCUAGGGUGCCAAAUAUUAAACAUUUAACCCGAAUAUAAGACACGUAACAGGACUCUUUUCCUCAAUCAAUGUUUCUAACAGCUCGACAACGCUUUUAUAACUGAACAUUAUCGAUCGUCAUCAUUUCCAAAUUAGCAUAUUUGUUUGCAAAUUGGAUUUUGGGAGCGACUGGUAGAAAAGCCUUAACUUUUAUAGGGGGAACUUGAAGGCGCCCCGCUGUUGCGUGUAUAAAUCUGUAGAUUGUAAAUUGACUCGUCAUAAUAUGUAAAAAAAUAUCUACUAUUUUAAUCAUAUUGUAUUUUUACUAGUGCUGUCAAACUAUUAUUUUUUUAAACAGUCAAUCACAUUUGUAAAUUGUGAUUAAAAUUGCAACUAAUUGCAUAGUUCCCAUUUGGUAAAAGUUUUAUGUAGAAGUCCCAUCUGGGUUUUGAAGCAACAUUUUCAAGUCAGUCUCCUCACUCGUCUUUGCACUGGCGUAUGCAUUGAUCUGAUCACCGGCCUGUGUUCGUACAGGAUUAAUGCCAUCAUUUUGUUUGUGAUUAUUUACAUGAGUUAAUGCGUUAACUUUGACAGCCCUGAUUUGUACUUUAUAAAACAUUAAUAAGAAACAGGCUCCCCCACCCUGACCCUUUUAAGCUUACAGAUGCAAGUUUUGAUUACUUUCCCUAAAUUAUAUUCGUAGUCUCUUUAACCCCAUUUAGCGGUUGCAGACUGGCGCUAUUUUCUUUUUUUUUUUGCUUCAAACACUUCAGUUUGAUCACAUGACGCACCUUUCCCGGUGGCUCGUUAAACCCACUCCACGCUUGUUUAUUUUAUUUGUUUUAGUUUAGACAAAGAGGAAAUGUGGCGCACCAGUAUACCUCAUUCCUAACUCGAAACUGGGUGAACCUGCUUUUAACCUACUUUUAAUAAGAUUUCUUGUUGACCGUCGGAAAAGCCAGCUUAUUCCACCAGUACUUGCCUAUGUUUUAUCGCUUUCUUGAACACUUUUUGAGUUAAGGCGGGGUUUCCCAAACUUUGAAUGUACAUAAACUAAUAAACAAACACCAUUUUUUCAAGAAAUUGGACAAUGGGGAUCCCAUUUUUGGCCCUGACCCUAAGUUUGGAACCCCCUGCCAUUAUUACACCAAAUGCCCACUGUCAUUCUAUUCCUAACCUUUUUUAAGUUUGACAAUCCUAUUUAUUUUCUUGUGCACGCAUGACCCUGCAAUUUUAACACCCCACUCCCCACCGUGGUAACAACAUUAACCAAAGACUUGUAACUGAUUGUACAUGAGCCCGCCGCCCACCCUGCACCCCCAUCACGCUAACCACACUCACCAUUUUUUCAGCUUUGGCUUGCAUGCGAAUGUUUUGGUGCUGCGGUUUUUCAGUGCCUGCGGGUGGGAGGAUGUCGGGAAGGUGCGGAGGGAGGGGCUUCUUCGACGGGUUGGUGGUCGCCGGGUGAUUGUUUGUUUGUUAAUACACACUGAGGGUUGAUCCUGUGCACUCAGGACUCUAUGUCUGUCUGUCUGAGUGCUGUUGCUAGGAUACGCAUGCUUCUUCGCCUUCAAGGAAUUUGCCUCUCGCACACUCCCCACCUCCCUUCCAGGAAUGACACACAUCCCGUACUCACUACAUUUUCACUGCUGUACCCUCCCCUUACUCACUACAGACUGAUCAACUGUGACACUAUGCAUCUCCCUCCCCCACCGACAAAAACUUGGUGGGGGAUCAUUCGGUGACACUUUGCUUUACUCCUCACAAAGCGCUAUCUAUCCCAAAGCAAAACUCUCCAAAUAUUUGUAUUUUUUUUUGUUAUGAUUGUUAUUGUUUUGGACAAAAUGCAGAUACCAAAGAUAUCCCUCUGUCUCUCUCUCUCUUCCUUCUUCCACCCUGCAGCAGCAUGUGUAUUAAGAGACAAGCACUGGCUUUUUUUUUUUAAUUCAAGCCUCAGUAAUUCCAAAGGUUAGAUGUAUAUUUUGGUAUAUUUCUGAGAAAAAUGUGUGGAAUAAUAAUAUUAAUAAUAUUCUGUUUGUUGUAUUUGUUUCUCUCUCUCUGUCGCAGCAUGGAACUAAUAGCAGAGCUGUCUUACUAGGUUAAAAUAUAUUUUUAUAUGUUUUUGGGUGUGUGCCCGCAAUAUCAGCCCAAUUGACCAAAGGAUUUAACAAAAAAGAAAAAAGGCGAACAUGUACAUAAUAUGUCUGUGUAUCUUGAAAAAAAGGCAUUGUGUAAACCAAUAACUACUCACAGUGGACAUUUGGGCUCAUCUAAAGGAAUGUUUCCCCACUUUUCCCUCCCUUUUUUCUUACUCUGCAGUCUAAUAUUUCAUAAGAGAACUCUUCUUGUAGAGUUUCCAUCUUGGACUAAAAACACUGAGUUUCUUUCGAGUACAAACAAACAAAAGAGAAAAAAAAAGAACUAAAAAAACAAAACAAAAAACAACUGAACUGAAAGAUUGUGUAGGAGUUUUAAGUAUGUGAAUCAGGAUACAUAGUAGGUUUUGAUGCAUUUGUCUGCUGUAUUUUUGUUUUUAUACACGUAUAUAAAUAAUCUUUUACUGUAAAUGUACAGUUCUCUUUUGUUGUAAGCAUCAUUAAACCAUUUUCAAGUGUUUUCACA